GGAAAAAUCGAACAUGACGAUCCAUGACCACGUAGGCAACGGCGAAAGUAUUCUGCACGUUGAUAACAAGAAAAUGAUUUAAAUAUAGCAAGUGUGGGGAACUAGAGGCCCAGAGUGACAACAUGCAAGUCAGACUGCGUUUUCCUCGUUAUCCUAGAGACCAUGAUUUCUUAGAGACCAUUGAUCUGUCAGCACUUCCUGAAAGAGAACGAUGGCGGCUCGAGCAUCAGAGACUGCACGAACAGCACAGAGGUCACGAGGCAAUGCAUGCAGAGAUGGUACUAAUUCUGCUGGUCACACUGCUUGUGGCCCAGAUUGUCCUGGUUCAGUGGAAAGCUCGCCAUUUUAAAUCUUAUCAGCGGGCCACUCUCCUUGGCAUGUGGCUGAUACCAGUUGCACUGUGCAUCAAGUUCUACUGGGUACGCUUCACAGUUGUGUGGCUGGUGUUUUCUGUUGUCACUGGAUUUGUCUGUUAUAAGGCCUCCCAGAAGCCACUUUCAGGAACAACACCAAGAUGGGUCUACAAGUGGUUUCUACUCAUCUACAAGUUAAGUUACGCUGCUGGUAUCAUUGGCUACCUUGUAAUUAUGUUCACCAUCUUUGGGCUUAGCAUUCUUGUUAUGGUCAAGCCACAGACUUCCAUGGACUUUGGGCUCCUCCUUCUCUUCUAUGGACUUUACUUUGGUGUUGUGGCUCGGGACAUUGCUGAAGUCUGUGCAGACACAAUGGCAGCUCAGAUUGGGUAUUAUUCAACUACUGGCUUACCAUCAAAGAACUUAGACCUAAAAACCUGUGCCGUUUGUGGCAAUGAAAUCAUUAUCAUGAAUGAUGAGGAUGCCAUCAUUGAAAAGACCAUCAGGCUUAACUGUGGUCAUAUAUUUCAUGAAUUUUGCAUACGAGGAUGGUGUAUCGUAGGCAAGAAGCAGACCUGCCCUUACUGCAAAGAAAAAGUUGAUCUAAAGCGAAUGUUCCCUGGACCAUGGGAGCGCCCCCAUGUGUUGUAUGGCAAUCUCUUGGACUGGAUCCGCUACCUUGUUGCUUGGCAACCUGUCAUCAUUUUAAUUGUUCAGGGUAUCAACUGGAUCUUGGGUCUUGAAUGAUAUUAGUUGAUGUCCAGUGCAGUAUUUAACAAUUUUUCUGUUUUUUUUUUUUGCUAGUCCAUUCCUUAAAAAGAUAUCCUAAGAACUUUCUUUGCUGCCCUUCUACCAUCUUCUCCAGGUAAAUUUCUUGCUAACAUGAAGUAAUCAGACCUCGUGUAAAUGUAUUCAUAGUGUUGCAUGAUAUAGGUAGCGUCAUUAGUCAGCAGCUAUUUGUCAUCUGUUUGUAAACAAUAAUCUUGAACUGUGAUUAUAUGUUCUUUGAGUAGUUGUGUAUCUUGGUUUUUGCUGCAAAUGGUUGGAACUAAAUUUAAAAAUCACACAUGUUUUAAAAUUUCUCUUCGUGGUUAAAAUUCACAUGCCAUAUUUUGCAUUGACUAAUUCAGUCAGAAAAAUGACAAGAUCACAAAACUCUGAAGGGAGUUAGGAUUGGAACCUUUAGCUAGUUGUUUGCAAAAAGUGUCAUUUUUUUUGUGUACAAUCAUAAAUUUGUAGUGCAGGUAUUCGUGUGGUUAUGGAUGGGUGAGAAUGAGUGUGACUAAAUUGUGUUUACUGCCAUGUCUGCAGCUGAACCAUAUAAUGGUGAGAGGGUGAAUGAAGAUCGAAAGACAUUAUUUAUAUUCAUUUAAAAGCAACACAUAGAAAGAACAAAUUUCAUUACAAAUUGCUUACAUUAUAACAACUAUAACAUUAAAAGCACCGAGAGAAAUGUGAAUGGUUGACGUCUGCUUAGGGCAUGGGUCGGGAAUGUCUGGUCUGCAAGCUGAUUGUUUCAUUAAUUUAAUCUGGCCUUGCCAAGGCAACUGCAGUGGGAACUUGAAAUCCAGUAAAUCUAGAUCUUUUCAUAGCACAAUUAAUUUCUCUUAAGUGAAUUAGGAUAAUAAAAUAACUUGUAAAGGAAAGGUGAGGAAUCCUAUUAUGGGAUAGAUGGGACACAUACAAGUACAUGAAGGGACAGAGAUGUAUGCUUCUCAUCAGUUGCCUGUGUUACGUGCCCCAAUGUCUGGGACAGAACAACCACCUUGGCAUGGUCUCUGCAUGUUCUUAAAGAAAAAGUGCAUUACUAUCAUCUGCACAAUAAAACAAGCUGUAGACAACAUAUGGGGAUCAGGUUUUUCUGGCAGUAAAGACACUAGACAUGGACUAAAUGAGCAUUAAUUAGACAAGAUGCAUACAGGUUUAAAAAGUACAUUAUCUCCACAAUAAAACAAGCUAUAGAUGACAAUUCACAGGCAAACAAAAGCAGUGAAGAGAUGACUAAAUGAGCAUUGCCCAUUCCCCACUGCUAGCAAAACCUGAUUACACAUGUAAAUUUUAUUGUGCAGAUUAUACAGUGGUAAUGAUUUUUGUCUUUGUGCACAUGAGCAGACCAUGACAAGAUAGCCAUUUCAUCCUAGAUGCGGGGGUGACAUCUGCAGCCCCAUCUGCCUAUUCUUUGGUGACUAAGAGGACAGUCUUGUCCUGGGAGUGUACAUGUUGCAAAAAGAGUUAGCACACUAUGGCUUUACCAAAUACAGUGAGCUAAUUUUUAAGUUGAUAAUUUUGUACAGCCCACAAAUCUUGUUUAAUCAAAACUUUUAUUAAAAGUGACGAAGUACUGGGGCAUUUCUAAAUUAUAUUUCCUGUUUUAUAGCUUAACAGAACACAAAAUUUUGUCAAAUGGGUGACUAAAAUACUCACUUCAUAGAAUCUGUUUAUAAAGCAUGCAUUUUGCUCUAGCACAAAACCUUAGUGCUAUGUUAAUUACAUUUUUUUUUUUUUGUACAUAGGUGACUGUAAUCAUGCUGUGCAUGUCUGGAUGAUUGUGUGCAUGUGGAUGUUUUUGUAUUUUUUUUUAAUAUGAAUGGAUGUGUGUGCGCGCGCUGCCUCACAUAUUUUUUUCAUGUGCUUGAGACAGAGAGAUCAUGCUGUGCAUACAAGUAUACCAAGUUACUGGAUUUAAUCUUAGAAAACAUUGACAUAGUUGUAAAGCAUACUUUCUUCUGUUGUUAUCUGUUGCAACGGUAAUCUCUUUUCAAUUUAUUUAUUUCUGAGGGUAUAGGUUGUGUUUUCCAAGUCAGAAGUAAGUGUUUAUACAGUAGGUGAAUGUUUAUCACUAAUUCAGUGGAUUAUUCAUGGUAUUUUUUGUAAAACUGCUGUAUGUUUAAGUGUGUGCACGCAUUUGCGAUCAUGUUGGUGCUUGAACUACAUCUAUUUAAUUUGAAACUAAUACUUCACUGCAUCUUAGAGUCAUAGACAUUGAAAAUGGUAUAUGCAAUACUUUAUGACAAACAUUGCAGUAAAUAAUAAUUUCUUUAGACAUUUUGUUAGCAGUAUUUUAAGGAUCUUAAUUAUGAUGGAAUGUCAGAUAAAGUAUUUAAAUGCUUGCUGAUGUGUAAUGACAUUAAAAUUUUAAAUUGUG